UGGACAAGCAUGCCAGGUUCAUGUAACUUCUCCAGUACAGCAACCAACUCCUCCAGUACAGCAACCUCCAGUACAGCAACAAAGGAUUGUCUUGCCAUUGAAUUCAUUACUGAAUUCCAGGUGUAUAGCGUAAUGUCCAUGUUGUGCUACACACUGAUUAUAGCGUUUCUGAUCGGCAUAUGGGCAGCACCAAAAUCUGAGGAUAAUGCGCCACUGGGGUCUCCUGCAACAUCUGACAUUUCGGAAAGAAGCCAGACGGUGCAACACAGAGACCACAACCAGCCUGUUACUGGGGAAGUAGAGGACACAAAAAUCGAGCAAGCUACAAAUAUCGAAGUGGAUCCAAAGCUUUUUCAGAAGAGACAAUUCCAGUCCCCUCGAGUUUUGUUCAGCACUCAGCCACCUCCUUUGUCAAGGGAUGGUCAGGGUGUGGAGUUCCUGGACAGCACAGACUGUCUCAACAGUAAUAUCCGAGCCAAAUGUCCAGCACACCCCGUGCACAACCGUGGGGAGCAUUCUGUGUGUGACAGUGUUAGUAUGUGGGUUGCCAACAAAACCACAGCGAUAGACAUCAAAGGCAAACAGGUGACUGUGGUGGUGGAUAUGAAAAUUCACACCACCUUUCACAAGCAGUACUUUUAUGAGACCAAGUGCAGAGACCCUAAGUCCAGUGGGUGCAGGGGCAUUGACUCCAGGCAUUGGAACUCCCACUGCACCACUACACACACCUUUGUUAAGGCACUGACCAAGGAAGGCAAGCAGGCAGCCUGGCGAUUCAUUCGGAUAGACGCUGCCUGUGUGUGUGUAAUCAGUAGGAAAACAGACAGCCUCUGAAACAGACCAACUGUUCUCCUCCCCAUCCACAUACUCCCAGUCCCCUACCUCAGCCUGUAAAUUAUUUUAAGUUAUGAGGA